AUGUCGGAAAUUCAUAAGAACACGGUUCAACAAUUUGCACAAGCACUCGCGGCUCGUCAAUUUGAUGAACUUGAUAAAUAUUUGGAACAUUAUGUUGAAAAACUGGAAAACCACCAAUACGUUUACAAAAAUAUUGAUGAAGCACGAGAAUAUUAUUCAAAGGCACCAUCGGCUGAAUGGAAAAUUCUUGAAUUUCAACGACUAGAUACAAACAAUGAUACAUUAACAGCUCGUGUUGCACAUAAUAAUCAAAUAUAUCAUACAACUUAUACAUUUAGUUCAACAGCAAAAAUUGAAAAAAUUCACUCUGUUCCUGAACACCAUCAUACUGCUCAUUAA